CACGAGUCGUAUCCCACCUUUUCUCUUGAACUGAGAGAGAUUCGCUUCUCAGGGGAUAGACAUUUGAUUCAAACUUGUCGGAAAAAUGGCGAUAUCUGGGAAUCUAAGGAUCUCCGCGAGCUUAGUAUCUCCUUAUCAUCACCAUCCGAAAUGCCUCUCGUUACCUUCUUCCAAGGUUGAUUACAUAAGCAAUGUGGCAAACAGUUUGGAAACGCAGAAAUUGUCUAUCAGCCACGGAAACAGACGUGGUGAAGCGAAGGUUUUAGCAAGAAACGCCACGGGAGGAGACUAUGAGCUAUCACCAAGCCCGGUUCAGCAAGAGGUAGAGAGCUUUCUCUUGAACGCAAUCAACAUGAGUUUCUUCGACCGGUUAAACAUAGCGUGGAAGAUAAUCUUCCCGUCCCACGCGUCGAGGAGAAGCUCCAACGCGAGAAUCGCAAAGCAGAGGCUCAAGAUGAUUUUAUUCUCGGACAGGUGUGCGGUUAGCGACGAGGCUAAGAGGAAGAUCGUGAACAACAUUGUUCACGCGCUGUCGGAUUUCGUGGAGAUAGAGUCGGAGGAGAAAGUUCAGCUGAAUGUCUCCACGGACGGUGACAUAGGGACUAUUUACUCGGUCACGGUGCCUGUUAGGAGGGUGAAAGCGGAGUACCAAGAAGAGGAUGAAGCUGGAUCUAUAACCAAUGUGGAGUACAAAGAUACGCUUGAUGGUUCUGUGGAUGUCAGGUUCGAUUUCUAUGUUCCAGAGUGAUGAUAACUAGGCAUUGUCUUAUUAGAGUGUUGUUUUCUUUGAACAAAGUCUCUGUUUGUCUGUUUUUUCGUGUUGCUGUUCUUGAAGUUUUAGUCUGUGAGGGAGGGAACAAAGACAGUUUCUUGACACUCUCAUUGUAUAUAUAUGCCACCUCUCUUCAUAGUUUUUAUCAAAAUCGAU